AUGACAACAUCGUCACUACGAAAGCCUUUGGGUAGCAAUUCUCCCAUUGGUGAUAUUUGCAGUGAUUUAUACGCUGAGCGAGUGAUGAUUCCACGAAUCUCGCUCUUGUCUAUUCUUACUGGACUCUCAGUGCUUACGCUCUUAUUCAUUCGCUAUCGCCGCCGUCGUACGCGUCAAUUGGCCAAAUUUGUACCAAAGGGCGUUGUCUUAACGUCCUUUGAUAACGAUGACCAUACGAGUAAAAAGCGCUCAUUUAUGUGUUUCUUAGCUACGGCCGUGGCAUGGCUUACUAUCUUCCUCUUGUAUUUUAAUUCAUCGACUAGUAUGACAACCACAUCGAUGAGUGCAACACAGACACGACCUCGAAUUGUCUUUAGCUUUACGACGACAAGUCGACGGAUCAAUGGAUUGAAAGCGACACUUGAUGCUUUGAUACAUCAAGAAGGUGACGGUUUUGACCUUGUGUACGUGAUCAUUCCUCGGAUCUACCGUGAUAAAAUUGUAGACAUCCCAUUGUGGCUCUUGAACGAUAAGUCGACGUUACAUCGAAUGGAAUUCUACGGGAUCACGUUUGCAAUCGGAACAAGUCCAUACCACACGAAAUUACGACUCAUUGUACUGGAUACGGACUUUGGUCCAGCAAGUAAAGUACUUGGAACGCUCUUGAUUGAGCAGGACCCAGAUACGCUCAUUGUUUAUGGUGAUGAUGACCGAGUUUAUCCGCUCCAAUUGUGUGAAAGAGCACUGCAUUACACACGCAAAUAUCCGAACGACGCUAUUGCAGUGUUAGGAGGGUGGAUCUCGGUCGAGGAUAGGUUGUAUUGCGGACGCAGCCUUGAAGUUGGAGUGAACAGCGUAUCAUUUGUAGGAGGAGCGGGUGGAGUUGCAGUGAAGCGCAAGUUUUUUGGGAUGCGAGAAGCAACGAUGUCGGCAUUUCAAGUUGCCAACUUGUCGAAAGCGUGCUAUCUUGGUGAUGACUUUUAUUUAUCUCAUUUGCUGAGCAACAAUGGCGUACGUCGACGACUUGUGUCCGAUAGUUGCUGGAACAUCCAAUCAUUACAGCAAACUUUCUCGCACGGGGGUUUAUCAUACACUCCAUCUGAACACCCAGGAGGAGCCAAUGUGGAGCACUAUCAGCAGUGUAUUCGGGAAUUAGGAAACGACCAAGAUCUUUCUCGUGAUGGUGAGUUUGGAUCGAUCAUCAUGUUCUUCUUCUCACGGACUUGGGGGAUGCUUCGAGAAAAGUGUGACCCUGAUCUCGUGUGCAACCAACGCGACAAAACUGAACCAACUUCGACAUCAAUGAUUUCUCGCUUCUUAGCGUUUGUGCUGGCUGGCGUCACCGUGAUCAUUUGCAUCGUCCAAGACACGGCCGCAAUGAAUGGUGAGCUACGGAUCUACAAGGAGCCAGAGUUCAAGAGACUGCGUCGGAUCAUAGGGGUUUCAGUAGAAAACUUGUGCUACGACAUGCCGUGUGCAGAUCUUCGUGACGUAAUGUCGUCGGCAAGAUGGACGGAGCUUCCGGCAAUGGGGUCAAUCUUUGCCGACGAGCACGUGAAAAUUGCAUUCUACGCUGGCAGCAACUGUACGGGCAAAUUGGUCUUGCUCAACACCGACGCAGGCAAAGUUCGCAACUUUGCGGACUACGGAAUGGACAAUGCUAUCACGUCUUUUGCUGUGCUCAAAACCUUGACUGCGAUGCAGCACGUGUCCAGUAACAUUUUUCAGUGGUAG